AAUACAAUCCAAAUUUGGAUCUUUUCUAAAUAUGCAACCAAUAGAUGAAGUAUUUGAUACUUUGACUCUUGAAAAUUAUGAAGACAUUACAGAAAUACUCUUCUCUUCCGUCCAGAAUAUAAAGGAUCAUAAGGUUGUUAAGAGUGAAUAUUUUAAUUUACUUGAAGGUACUAGAGCAGUGGAAGUUGACAAUGCCAAGCUUGACACUGGUAUGAUAAAUUUGAAGGAGGAAGACUUAGCGUUUGAUCCUUCUUCUCCUCAAUCCGUGGAUGCAGUGAUUGCAACCACCGAUUAUUUAUUGUGUCAACUAAUGAGUUGGCUUAAUAACUCUUCACUUCCUGUAACAGUAUUAUCUUGUAGAUAUGUUCAAACAAUCUUACAGAAUUACAGUAUGCAGCCGCAUGAUUCGAAAUCUCUUUAUGGAUGUACACUUCAUGACUCUAGAAUUGAAUCAUCUUCAACAGCUAUUAAAACCACUUCAUCUUCUAAAGAGUCGAUACUUGUACAUUUAGUUUUGCGUGCUUAUCUUAUUGGAUUGACAAAAUUCAUUGGCUUCUGCAUUAAUGUGGGGUUAAAUAUUCUUUAUGAAGAAGAAGACUUAACUACAAGAAGAAUGGAUUUAGAUUUUUUAUCUGAAAUUCCUACAGUAUUAGUAGUGAAAGAACUAAAUGAAGCUAUUUCUUGGCUUGAAAUUCAAUCAGAUGAAAAGGAGAAAAUGCAAGAGUUAAAGCAAAGACUUCAAAUCGUUUCCAAGAUGAAUCAAAUUGAAGAUUUAUUGAAUACAUCAACUUCAAUCUUUGAAUUAAGAGACUUUGCUAUUUUGAACUUGGAAUUCCUAUUAGAGGCAAUUACACUCGUGGAUAAUAUAGCAAAGCUUGAUAAGUAUUCAGAGCAUGUCCCUAAGGGAUCUUUUUCCAAAUUUGCCCAAUUGGAUCUAAACAACAAGAGUAUACCUGCAGACUUAUAUACCUUGGAACCUUCAAUGUGUUUCAAUAGUUUUAAGAAUAUGUUUUCAGAUCUUUACAAAAUUUUAAAACAAACUGAAAAUACAUACAACAUCCAUCAAUUUCAAUGUCUUCUUGAACAUGAGGUCUCUAAUAACAUGACUCCCGAUUUCAAUGUUUUCGUAAGAGGAUUAUAUCAAUUAUUUUUGAUUAGAGAUAACAAAUCCAUUGUUGGAUCGAAGGAAUCUACUAUGACAUUAACCAAUAGGUUAUUAGAAAGUUUCACCACUAUGGAUUCAUCUAUAUUUCAAAUAGAUAAUUGGCCUGUAAAAGAGGCCGAAAAGCAAAACCUUUUAAGUCAAUUUGAUCAAUUAAUGAUGGAUUUAGAAAGUAUUGUUUAUCAUACAGUCUCAAGCACUACAAAUAAUAGAUGCAGACAAAGACAACUUAUGUCUAGAUCUUUACUCGUGUGGGAUACAUUACAAGUUUCAGCAGAAAACUUUGAGAUAUAUCUCUGGGAAACUCAUAAAAUAGGAGAUGAAAUUAAUAAUGUUCCAACCUUACCAAUCAGUUCAUUCGUAUAUUAUAAUAAAUUGGUAAGUAUGAUCGAUAUAUCCCUUCGAGGAUUUGAACUCGAUCUAUAUAAGGAUUUCGAAGUGUGUCAAAUCUAUUGGUAUGUAUCCUAUUUAUCCCAGUUGGUAUUUGAACAUUUGAUUGGAAGAGUAAAUAAUCAAAUUGAAUUGAAAAUUAAUUACAUCAAUUCAGGCAUGACUAAAAAAAUCAAAAAGUUGAAGGCAGGAACAAAGAAACAACAAUUAAAAGAACUUCAAAAUUUUAAGCAAGAAAACGUACUUCCAAAGUUACAAAAAAUCCAAAAUUACAACCAAGGUUAUUUAGCAGUUGUACACGAAGCUUUAUUUAAAUUAAGUGAUGCAACCAAAUUAUUUCUCAUCAUAUUACACCUUUUAAAAAUAUUUGAUUUAUUAAAGGGUCCGAAACUGAAUUUAACAAGUAUGGAGUUCUUAUAUAAUUUGAGGAUGAAGCCAUUUUCUUCAAUCGGUGUACCUAACUUGCCAACUUUUGAUCAAUAUAAAAAAUGUAUUGAAUUACGUGAUGUUACAAGUGCAAAAAUUAAACACAUAAUCCUGAUUUGUACUACUGAAUUGAAGAAUGCACAGCAAUUAUAUGAGAAAGUCUUGAACUUUGUUAAAUCCAAUGAGUCGCAAUUUAUUGGUGAAGGGGUAAAAAGUUGGUGUAAUAAUAUGAUUAGUGUUUGCCAACUUCAUUUGUCAGAAGUUAAAAAGUUGGAAGAAUUAGUUGAAUUAGGAGAUUUCGAUUCUACACGUUAUAAAGUUAAAUUAUCCCCUGGCCCUGAUAAAUAUUUCCCACAAAUCAAUGUGGUGGAGAAGUAA